CGUUCAAGUCAAGUUGAGACUUGUUCGGAUCCAGCUUAUAGUAAUAUGUGAUGGGUGGAGCAGCCGCCGAACUGUCGUUCACCCAACUACUAACAAGUGUCUCAUUUGAUGAGUGGCCUUCAAGCAGAGACGACCUCUGAACUCUUUCUUCUCCAGAAUUCAGAAUUUAACAAAUUUGCAUUCUUUUCCGUCGGUGCAACUUCAUUUCAUCAAGUUAGCGAAGUUACCGAAGUUGGUGUGAAACGGUUGGCUUUAAGUGGUUGGUUUUACGGUGAUCCUGCUCCAAGGCCCAAAAUUGAGUUUCCCAAGGAUCAUUAUUUAUCAUUGUUUAACAAUGGACAAUUCACCAGUGGUAGUGGAUUUGGUGUCAUCUGAGGAGGAGGACGAUGACUUAGUGAUGCGGCCAGUAUUACUAGGAAAACGUUCUCAUGUAAUCAGCAGCAGCAGUAACUCGGAAGAGGAGAGAGAUGAAGUUGAAACUGGAGCUAAACGGCUUUCAAGACCGGCUCGAGAUCAGAGAGGUCAACAACAAAGGACCCGGAGUCCACCACCAACUCGUGCGCCAACAUCAGGUCCAGCGAUUGCUGCAGCGAGUGGGAGUGGACAAGCCGUAACGAUUCGUGUUGUCAGACAGUAUAGAAGAGUCAACAGUAAGAGGUCAACGUUGCCGGAAAAAUUCUGGUGCAAAUUUUGUGGCGCUGGUUUUCCAAGACAAAACGCACUGAACAAGCAUGUAAAGAUACAUGAGGGGAAGUUUAAAGGAAAAUCUUAUAAGAACAAGAAGGGGGCUUAUCCAUGCCCGUAUUGCAAUGUGGUGUCUUCUUUCAGCACCAAUCUGUCGAAGCAUAUCAAAGAGACGCAUGUCGUUCCAUCCCAACAAACCAUGACUCUGAAUGAAAUGAAGACUAUAAAUCCUUUGACUCACAAUUCAGCGUUGAAGAAUAGAGGUGAGGAUCCGUUGGACCCAAACAACGAACAAUUUGAAGUGGACGUUGAACAUAUGCUCGAAUGGGUGAAGGAGUUUGCUGCCACUCAACAGCGAAGAAUUGACCUCCGCCCAGCAUCGGUCUACCUGGCUGCGUCACUCGGCCCAAAUUUUGACCCAAAAAUUCACAAACCAUUCGAGUUUGUCAGGAACGGAGAUGAAGGGAUCCGAUUUUAUAUUGGCUUUGACUCUAAAACAAUUGGACUUAAUAACCAUCAUCUCUGUUAUCCCGAUAUUUCGCCGCUUGGGAAAGCUGACAAGUCUGGAGAAACGUGUGUCCUCCUAAAAACUUGGGGAUUUGAGGUGGGGAGUCAUGUCGAGAAAGUCAACGCUUCUCGUGCUUUGGAGGCAUCCUUAAUAGAAUUUGCCCUUACUUACCAAGAAUUUAAAUCUCAUGAUGGGAGGGAGUGCAACUUCCACAACCAACAUCGGGAAUUGGUUGCGUUCUUUGAAUGCUGCAGUGAGGAACAGCGGAGGACGUCGCUGGAGAAAGCAGUGAAAGGGGUACCAUUCAUAUGCUGUCAAGAGGACUGUCAAUGCGAGGCGAUUGCACAUUUGAAGAGUGGCGAGUGUACUCCAAUCAAGUUCCCUCUCAAAGAAAAGAGUGUCGUCAAUCCGUUAAGCAUCGGCUCCGCCACAAAAACAUCCUCCAAGACGAAAGUGGACAAGAAGAUCAAGAAGAAUAGCCCUCUGGUCACCCCUGCCGAAAUCAAAGUUGAAGUCGACCGUCGUCUGAAAGACCUUCAAGAAAGGAGGCGACAAGAUCCCGACCACGAACACCAUGUUUACAUUACCAUUUUGGCAAGAAAACGAGAUUUUCCUGGACUCCGAACCGCCCGGGAUGUAUGUAGCGCAAUCAACAAUGGUGGACAUGCCCAGGCCGUGAUUUUAUAUUACGUGGGAAAAGGAGAGCGUGAUGGGAUGAACAAAUAUCACAAACAUCGUCCUGACCUCAGUGCCGUUGCAAAGAAAGCAUCUGGUGGUGACUAUUGGGUCACACAAAUUGCAACCUUUAAGUGUUCCAGUUUGGAGGAAGCAGAGAAGUUGGAAGCAAAGUUGUUGAUGUAUUGCUUAUUGCAAGCUCGGAAGAAGAUGACCGGAACAAAUUUCAACCCAAUUAAUGAAGCCAUGCCAUGGUGUGCUUUCAACAAAUUAACAGAGGACGAGAAACUGCAAUCUGUCCGAAUGGGAGUUGCUGGAGUUCCUCCGAUAACUUUGCAAGGAGUUGUUCCACAUUUCACAAUGGGAAAAAUCUCAUUUCCCGUCAACUUGGGCCACGCAAUCAAGAAAAAUAAUGUUUUGGAUGUCACCAGCGUUGCCCCAUCUGAGGAUUAAUAUUUUACAUUGUACGUUGUUUUUCAUUUACGUUAUACGACUGUCACACUCAUUUCCUCUUCUACUUAAUAUUUGCCUACUUCAACGUCUCAUUAUAUGAAAUUGGAUGUAAUUUUAUACAAGUAAUACAUAUUUUUUUGUUGUGUAUACCAUUGUUCGUUAUUAUGUAACAUAGUAAUACAUAUAAGACAAACUUCAAAAAAUAAAAAGGGAACGGGAAAUGAACAUAUGAAU